GGAAAACGGGAUGGUCUUCGAUCUUCGCGCUCUUUUAUCCGUAUUGGUUGCAGUUCAGUAUGUCUCCGCCAUAGGCUUCCGGCCUCCCAACUACGAGAAGCGACAGAGCAAUGGCGCAAGACUGGCUCUAGGUAUGCCUCUGCGCAAGCCACGCAGGAUAUUCCAGCCAUCGGGCACUACCCAUGCUGAACGAUCCGAGCCUUCUGGUGUACCCUUCCCGAUAGACACUACUCAGAGCGAGCAGACAGGUUCCAUCGGUGUGCUGACUACCGAUGGAACCCUCAUCGGAUACUUCUCGCUCUCCAGCACUUCGCUUGCAUCAACCCCGGUGAAGCGUGGCAUCAUGGAACGUGAUAGCCCAACACAUUCCUUCGUUACUCCUUCCUCGUCGUACAACCUUUUCAAUAUAUACAUCACGGGCGAUUCACAGUACAAUAUCAACGCCAUCGCAGCAUGUGACGCGAUCCUGUCGCCUACGAGCAGCAAUGUGAUCACGAUUGGGAACGUUGGCAUCGCCACGGCCGCGGGUGGGCGUGGUGUAUGCACUGUGGGCUACAGUCCGGAGUACCAGUCCGAUAUCUGGACAAUCGACCUGGAUACCGGGAGGCUGCAUCUUCACUUCGUCAACCCCGAUCUCACGACGUACGACAACUAUUUCACAUACAACACGGGCACAUAUGGUGGACUGCGCGUCACUGGCAAUAUCGAGUUGUCAGAAACCGACUCUCACUAUCCGUUGGGCAAUACCGUACAAGAAGUGUAUCUCUACUGGGGUACUGUCGAGGACUGGAAUGAUUACUACUAGUAAUAUGUAGUUUCUGGGGCACGCGAGUGCUGGACUGGGUCGGCAAAUCACUCACUUUCUAUCACCUACUGAUAGUUCUACAUAUACG